AAAGAAAUCUAUGUCCUUGAUUUACGUUGGUAUCUAUUUGUCCUUGGUUCUGUUGUAUCUUCUCUUCCCUCCUUCCUCCACCGACGUCUCUUCCACUUCCCAAUUCUCAUUCCAAUCAAACCCUUUUCUUUUUCUGUUUUAUGGGGCCAUAGUUCUCAUCAACCACCUCUUCAAAAUGCAUGCUUUCAAAGAUAAAGUCACACAGAAGCUUUCCCAUCUCUUUGCCAACAAUUCUCCCACCUCAUCCUCCUCCUCCUCCCAUCAGGCUAGUAGUCCUUAUUCUAAAGAGGGUAAACCUUUGUCUUCAUAUUUAUCUUACAUUAUCCCCUCGAUUAACUUUGAUGGAUCAAACACAAGCAAGCAUCAAAAGGAUCAUAAAGCAACUCAAUCGUCUUCUUCCGGAUAUACUUAUGAGGAUUUUGAAUAUCAGGAUGUUCCAACAGAUAAAUAUGUCGAUUGUAACAACAUCGAUUUAGUGAAAGACGAAGUUAUUAAUGAAGACCAGACCUCUAGAAGGAGCAGCAGUAGUUCUGAGGUUUUUGAAGAAGCAAAUGGGCAGCAAACUCCUAAUUCUUCAAAGAAGUCUACAAUCAAUCUUAGUGAUGACUCUACUUUUAUAACUCCCGAGUUGUAUGAGUUUUUCGAAUCAUGCCUCCCUAAUAUAGUAAAAGGAUGUCAAUGGGCCUUACUUUAUAGUACGUUGAAACAUGGAAUAUCACUACGUACUCUUAUUCGCAAGAGUGCUGAACUUUCUGGUCCUGGUUUGCUGAUUGUUGGAGAUAUGCAAGGUGCUGUAUUUGGUGGGCUGCUAGAUUGCCCCUUGAAUCCUACAGCGAAGAGAAAAUAUCAAGGGACAAACCAAACUUUUGUCUUUACGACUGUAUAUGGUGAGCCAAGGCUGUUUCGACCUACUGGUGCAAACCGAUACUACUACAUGUGUUUGACUGACUUACUUGGACUUGGUGGUGGGGGUAAUUUUGCUUUAUGUUUAGAUGGAGAUUUGUUAACCGGAACUAGUGGACCAUGCGAUACAUUUGGAAACUUGUGUCUAGCUCAUAGUCCUGAGUUUGAGUUGAAGAAUAUUGAGUUGUGGGGUUUUACACAUGCUACGCAAGGCUAAGAUUCCUUUAUUUGGAUUCCAAUAGAAGCUCUCUCCUGUUUUUUUCUUCUACUCUUCAUAUGUAGUUUAGCUUACUUCAAGAGGGUGACUGAUUACGCUUACGUGAUCGAUCUAUUUGAUAUCUGUCAAACAUGUUGUCACUUGUCAGUAGAUUGUAUGCUUAAAAGUUCUUUUUUUUCUUCCGAAAAUUUGCGUUUGUGGAAAUUUGAUGCAUGGGUGGAAGACGAAUAUUGUAUAGUAGAUUAUGUAAGGUAUGGAAUCUACUCGCUACAAUUAGUUUGGUUUUCGGAUUUGAUUUGACAAUGUAGACAAAUCACAGUAGCAAAUCAUCUGGUGCGCGCGCGCAUGCACGAAUAUUUUAUUAGUUUGAUGAGUGUAAAGGAGUGUCACCACUCACUGGCAAUGUAACAAAAAAAAUGGAUGUUUAUUGUUAAGUGAGAACAAUGUUAUAGCCUCAGGUAUGAAUUAUUAACAUUAGAUGCAAUUCUUGAUAUUGUAAUUUAAUUGGCAGAAGCAACAAUUCAUGUCUGUACCGAAGUUAUUGAUUAGAUUAUAAUUAUUCAUAUAACUCUUAUUCUUUA